CGCGCUCUCCCGCCACCUCGCGAGCUCCAGGACCACAUUACCCAGAAGAUCGUGCGUCAAGAAGAGCCAAUGACCGACCAGGACGAAGCAUAUCCGUGCGUGCGCAUCGCGUGAGAGGGACUUCCGGCCCCUUGCCCGCGUUUUUGCGGUUCUUGGGGAUCCCCGGCGCAGCGUUGAGACGCGCACGACAGAACGGAGUAGGCAUGGCGAGAGCCAUGCUCACAGCCGAGACGCGGGCUAGCGGCUCGGCGACGUUGCCCGUGCUGCUCUGCGCCGGGGCCCGGACAGGCACCGCCCGCCCGGGUGUCCGCUCCGCCCGUAGAGUCCGAUGGCGACGGCCGCGCGCAGGGACCCGGCUGAGAGUUCCAGCACUGCAGAAAUACUUAGGGAACCAACACAGGGGCUCGUCUGUCCUUCCGGUAUCAGGACCAUGGACACUGCUUCUUGCCCCAGCUCCCCAAGUAUGUGCUGUGGCCGGUAAGGCUGAGUCUCGAUGCUUGGCCUCCUUGUCAGCUCUGCAUGUCACUUCCGCUCUCACGUCCUGUGCGGGACCAAUCUGUCCCUUUUGGGACUCUAUGUCUUACCGACUUCCCUCGCUGCUCCCUUCUGCGGUGCUUCGCGGCAUCGACUGCUCCGUAUUGUGUCAUGAGGUGGCUGGUGUGGAGGAGACCACGAGGAGGAGCAUUUCUGUAGGCGUGCCACAGGUGAGGACGCCAAGGCAGGUGUGUCUGCCCAGAAGGCCUGCUCCUAGGAGAUACGAAGCCUCGUCUCGAGGGACAUUUAUGUGCACCAGGGAGCACAUACCACGUGGAGGCUGUACACCCAUGGGGCAGGUGGGCAGCGAAUGUUUUAUUGCAGACCUCCUGUAGCACCAGAAGCAGCACAUUGGAGAGAAACACUUGCCGAGCAGAGUCUCAUUUGUGAAGAGCUACAGGUUCUGUGUCCCAGAAGUGCUUUACCUACAUGGCAGGGCGAGGCGGGGCGGGGGGGGGGGGGGUCGGGAAGGACCUCAGGAAUGACUUCUUGAGCAGCUCAGUGUCUCUGCGAUGUAAGUCCCUCCCAUUGUGGAGAAGCCCAAGAGAGUACCGAGUGUGCAGUGGCCUCACGUGGUAUGAAAACUCAUUCGAAACGGAGGACGCAUGAAAGCUUUCAAGAACAGAUACGCAUCUGUCCAACACCAGACACCGCUCUAGAGGAAGACCUUUCAUGUGUGGUGCGCGUUCCAUGUGUGGAAGUCUUGCAACAGAAGGCACCGCCUCAGUCACCAUUGGAGAGGUCACACUGGAAGAGGGCCUCAGGGGUGCAGGGAACGGGGGAGAUUAUUUAGCAAGGUCAACCUCACUGAGCAUCACAGAGGUUACACUGGACAAAGGCCUUGUUUGUGCAGGGAAUGUGGGCACCUCUUUACUUACAGAUCCAGUCUCUUGAACCUGAGGUUUCAUACUGAAUCCAGGCCUCACCGGUGCGGGGAAUGGGGGAAAUGUUGUAGCCAGAGUUCUGUGCUCCUUCAGCAUCAGAAUUCAUGCUGGAGAAGGCCCUUCGAGGACAGGGAAUGUGGGAAAUCCUUUAACUGAAGCUCUGUGCUCCCUCAGCAUCAGAAAGCUCACACUGGCUGGAGGCUUCCUGCGUGUGCGGAGUACUCAGGUGGACGCCCCGUCUCACUGAGCACCCAGAAAGUCACAUGGGAAACUUAGGUCAUUACCGUAGAUGUGCAGGGGAUGUGCGAUCUCUGUACUGCUGAGAACCCUGGAGGUGGUCCCUUGUGAGGGAUCUAAAUUCCACCUGAAUUUAAACUCCUACAUCUGAACAGCCACCAAAUUCCAGGGGGGAGGGCAGAUUUUUCUCUUUUGCAGGUCACAGGGUUUUUUCCUAUGGAAGCACAAUCCUGAUUUCUUAAGCAUGUUCUCAGCCAGCUACAGAAGCAUUCAUCAUAAUCCAGGUGGUGUCAUGAGAUGUGGAGCCUCUGCCUGGACUGGGAGCUUCCCACACACUGUGCAUCUUCCCUUCAUCUGUGAGAGUACGUGACAGACACGGCCGCGGCUCUGCAGCGGGAACGGGCAACGUGAAGUUUCCAAACGGCAGACAGAACAGCAGACGGAAGACAGAUGCGAUCUGAUUGCACUGUAAAGAUGAGGUUUCAUAACUACAUCAAAACUACACUCCAUUCUUGAGGAUUCUACCAAAUCGUAUGAAAAACAAAAGAUGUCCGACAUCUAGGAGCUGUCCUAAAUUCAACUCCAUAACAUUUCGUCUUCAUUUGUCAGGAAUAAAGCCAUAUGAAGAAUAUUCCAAGUCUGAGGAGCCUUUCCAGACGGCUCAUCGUUCUCCUGUGUCCCGGUUUCUGGAAGUUUAGUACACUUUUACAAGUGGAUACAUUUAGUAAGUUACGCGUGGCCAGGUGUGAUCUUGGAUCAGAGAGCUAGAGAACAGACACAUAGGGUAAAGCAAGAGAGAGUGAUACAGCAGACAGAGGCGAGAGAAGAGGGAGGGGAAGAGAGAACAAGAGAUGAAUCAUGUUAGAAGCCAAAGAUUAAAAAAAUAGCAGAAAGUGGCACAGUUCUAGGAAAAUGGGACAGAUGGGACAGAUAAGUCUUCAGUAGUGACGAAAAGGACUGUGUCUCAGGAACUGAACGAAAGUACAUGUUCUAACAAUUGAAAUGGACUUAAACGGAGACAAAUCAAUACAGAAUUCUGAUAAAGAUUUAUUUUGCCGAGCCAGCAAAGUGUCUCCGUGCCCCUAUGUAAAAAGAAUUGGUAGGAACGGUUUUUGGAAGCACAGUGGAUUCGCAAAGGAAAGCAUGCAUUCAGACAGCAGUUACAGGAGUGCCCUGGGAUGCUGUGCUGCUUGUUGGGGUAUUCCUUUCUGAGGCCUAGUCUCUGUUGGGUUCUGAGCCCGGCACUCCCCCUCUCAUCAGGAUAACGUCCAAGCUUCUGUUGUUAGAGAACAGAUGGUACAGCUGUGCAUUGAAGAUCUGUAUGUAUGUGACUGGGACCCUUUCCCAUCUUCUAGAAUCAUGUGCUAAUGUCCUGAAACUCAGAUUCAGAAUACAGUUGGAUGAGAAUUCAUCAUCGAUCAGUUUCUAGAAUCUAGAAUUACUUUCAAGGUUCUGAAUAACUGUCAGGAGCUAAGAAUAAGCAGUGAAGACUUUUGCCCUCACAGCCUACAAUCUAACGUAUGUAGAGAGUGCCUAAAAUUUUUUUCUCCAGUAACUAGCUGCAGGACAUUUUUAUUAUAAACCUAUUUUUCAUAUCGACUUUCACCUAGAGCUCAAAGGGGAAAGAAGAGCUACUGACACUCAUGUAUUCCAUGCCCCUAAAUGUGUACGUUUCCCCAUUUAAAUGUGUAAAAGCUUUUAAUUAAAACUGUGAUGAUCUCUUUUUAAUUUUUAAAUAAACUUAUUUUUACAGUUUA